AUGGCCGGCACGAAAAACACCGCGUAUGCGGAGGAGAGCGCGGAGGUGGAGGUGCUCUACGCCAACCUCGACAAGCUGAAGGUGCUCACCAAGAAGAUCCAAGGAUCGAUGGAUCGCUUGGAAACAAGCGGCAAGGUGGUCAAGGAAGCAAUUGGGCCCAUCUACAGCAACACGCAGUCCCUACAAAUCACCAACAGCAAUAUCGACCGUGUGAUCGAAGCAAUCGAUAAGCUCCGGAAGCCGCUUGAUGCGAAGGGCCGGGAGGAAGGCAUUAUUCGGGCUGGACCCCAGAGUGCUGGACUAGCGCAAUACCUUGCUGCCUUGAAACGAAUCGACUAUGCUCUCCAGAAUCUCAACGCCACCAAUUUAAGGUCCAACCAGCAAGCAAUGACCGAAUUCUCAUCACUUUUGAGCACUGGGAGUCAAAGACUACAGGAUUUAUAUCGAUCGAUGUUAAGGCAGAAUAUCGAUAAAAUCGAGCCUCUACACUACCUUACGAAACAACUUCCUUUCCCUUCCAUACCUGAAGAAACCAUCGAGGAGCUCGCACCGAUCGCUGCCGCCAUUACUUCUGCCGCCACGCACUUGCCGUCACAGCGAGGAGGUUCUGAGGAGCCUUCAAUAUCAAUAUAUGCAGAAAUUCGCGGACCAUACAUAACGUCGAGUUUACAGAAUCUUGCCAUUGCUUCCAUCAGCACUGCGAAAAGACGCCCCGCAGAUGGCCCGUACAAGCAGGGCACCAACGGUAUCGGUGUUUAUUCAUCCGCCUUGGAAGGAUUCAUUGUGGUUGAACACGAUACUGUCGUCAAGAUUUACACAGGCGAUCAACAAGGCCGGGCAUUACAAGCAACGUGCAGGUCUUCUAUGGCAGAAUUUGCCAAGACCUUGCGAGAGCUUAACCAGUACAUCAAAGCCAACAUCUUGACGGAUUGCUUCCUUGCGUUUGAAGUUAUUGAGAUCGUAACUGCAAUGUCAUAUCGAAUCGACUCGAAAACGGGCGAGCUAAAAAGUCUGUUUAUAGAAGCCCUUCGCCCCAUCCGGGAAACUGCAAAGUCGUCGCUUUCCGAACUUUUGGAAGAGACGAAAAAGAGGGCAUCGGGGAUUACAGUCCUGCCACCAGAUGGCGGGACGGUUCCUCUAAUAAGUGAGGUGAUGAGCUCCUUGUCAACACUGACAGGAUACUCUGGUCCUUUGACAUCUAUUCUCACCUCCCUUGGUGACGGAAACUGGCGUUCCAAGUCUACAUCUACCAACACAACACCUUUGGACGUAGGUCCGGACAGUCAAACUCUUCUUUCUCAUUUUAUUCUUGACAUGAUCGAGGCUAUGAUUAGCUCACUCGAGAGUCGCGGCCGCAGUUUUUAUCGCUCCAAAGCAGUUCUAGGAGUCUUUAUUUCCAAUAUCUUCUGCGUUGUGGAUAGAUCAAUCCGCGCAAGCCCUGAAUUGUCGAGGUAUCUUUCUAGCCCUGAUAGCAUCUCACGAAUUGACGCGUUCCGCAAGCGUGGUACAUCUGCCUAUAUUGAUGCCUGGCGUGAAACGUCCCAGCAUCUGUUGGAUGUGCAAUAUACGUCUCGCGGUCCCCGUCCAACGUCCAGUGGCCCAGUCGACUCAGCUCAGGUAGUCAAGGCACUGUCUUCCAAGGACAAAGAUGCGAUUAAAGAAAAAUUCAAAUCUUUCAACGCUGGCUUUGAAAGUCUGGUUACCCAGCACAAGCAACUCUACAUGGAGCGUGAGGUGCGAGGUGCAUUGGGUCGCGAAGUUCAAGCUGUGCUCGAGCCGCUCUACACCCGUUUCUGGGACCGUUAUCAUGAGGUUGACAAGGGAAGAGGAAAAUACGUCAAAUGGGACAAAGCGGCCUUUUCGACACAGCUCGCUGGGUUGUCUUGA